AUGCAGCUGAUGAUGGAACAAAAGAUCAGCGACCCCAUAAUUACCCUGUCUAUUAUCGGCGGAAUUCUCGCCGGUGUCUUUAACACGAGCAUCAACGCUGCGUGGAACUUAUGCUACCUGACUCAGAGCCCAAUCUGGAUGGAGAAGCUGAGGGCGGAAGUCGAUGCAGCUAUUGAGAAUCAUAGGCUGCAGUCAGAUGAGAGCGUUGUUGAUAUCCUGCACCAAUUCACGCUUGAAGACUGGGAAAAAGAGUUUCCGCUCCUUGAACUGGCUAUGAAGGAAACUAUGCGGUUUACCAUGUCCGGAACAAUCGUGAGAAAGAAUGUCGGUGGAAAGAAGGUUCCAGUCGGGGAUACUGGAUCAUUCAUCCCUCCGGAUGGCCUCGCAGUCUACGCUGCUCAGGAUGUCCAUAUGGAUCCGAAUAUUUACAAAGACCCUCAUGAAUGGGACCCAAGCAGACACGACAAGGCCAGGGCUGAAGUAUGA